GGCCAGGCCACACGGCGGUGUGGCUUUCUAGUCUGCCCGUGUGAAUGUGGAAAUGCCGCGUUUUGAUUAGUGGACUUCAGGCACGCUGCACGGCCAGAGGCAAACGGCCGUGUGGAUUUCCAGUCUGGCCAUGUGAGCUCCCUAGACUUUCCAAAGGCCACAAGGGGUCUAUUACACGGCCAGUGUGGCUUGGCCGCGUAAUGGGAUUCCACACGGCCGUGUGGCUGCUAGGUCUGGUCGUGUGGAUUCCUCAGCCCCUCGCCAGACGUCCAACUUUCGUCCAAUCAACCCGAAACUCGCUCCCAAACUUCAAAUCGCGUACUAGGACCUGAAAUAACACAAAUGAGAACAACCUAGCGUGAAAUUGGCCUAAGAUACGAGAAAUGAGGCUCAAACGGCAUAAGAAUGGUGGAUAAAAACAUGUGUAUAUAUCAAGUCAUCAAGUAUCGUGCUAUGGCUAGCACUGGGAGUGAGGUGUUGUGGCUUCGUUGGCUCCUCCAUGAUCUGGGUGUCUCCUCCACUGGCCCUAAUCCCUUGUUCUGCGACAACCAAGCUACACUCCAUAUCGCUGUCAAUCCGGUUUUUCAUGAAUGGACUAAGCAUGUCGAGAUGGAUUGCCAUUUUGUUCGCGAACGUGUCCAGUCUCGUGACAUUGCCCCGGCGAAGAUAUCCACCUUGGAGCAGACGGCGGACCUGUUCACGAAGGGCUUGAGUGUUUAUCAUUUCCAUCAUCUCUUUGUCAAGCUCGGACUUCUUGACAUUCACUCCUUCGCUUGAGGGGCGUGUUGUGAUCCCUACGCACUUUGUAUUAAUUGUAGGGGUCAUUUUGUAUUUGCUACUCCAUGUCUUCAUGCAUAUAGGGUAAUGGUUGCAGCCGCCGAACCCCAAGACUCAGAGAACAUCAUAAUAUUUUCAUCUGCGGGAGCUCCAAGCUCUCCGUGGACUAGUCCCGUUCAAGUUGAACGGGAAAACCACAUAAACCCUGGUCUCGUGUUCUUUCCGCGUUUCUCGUGUUUUACACGAAGGAAUGCCUGAACUUGAACUACCAAGAGGACAGAGUUACACGAAGGAGAAGAUGCAGAGCACUGUAGCAGCAACCUUAGUCAUUGAAGCAGAGCCUUGUGAGUGCAAGGCGAUUCGAAAUAUGGGAAACGUUUCAUGCUGACAACCUGAGGUCUUUGUUGAAAACGAUAUCGCUUUACAUUGUUUUAUUUAUUGCUUAAUGCUUUCCUAUAGUUAGUUAUUUUUACCGUUGUAGGUUACAGUAAAACUUGAAGGCCAUU